ACGGGGAUGCGACCGGGAGCAGUUUCCGCGGCUCGGUUUCGAACAGGGAAUCAAGUGCACCGGUCGCUCUCGUCAGUUUUCUCGUUUAUAUACGCAGUUAUGGCAGAGCAUAGUUAAUUCAAAACGAAUUCCGUCGACUUCGGGUUAGUUUAUUCAAUUUCCGUGGAUUGGUGCUUAUUUUAUUGUGCACUCAUGGCUCGUAAAGACAGCGGGGAUUCCUGAAGCUGGACCUGGACAGAAUUAUACGCACACGUCAAUAUGUCCCGUUGGAGCGUAAAGGUCUAUACGCGCAGUGCUUAUGGAAUAUAGCCUGUUCUGUCACCAUCUUUACGCGCUCUCCGUCAGUCCCGUGAAAAAGAAACUCGGGCUCCUGUUCAUCAUGCUGCUCCUCUGGGUUUACAUGCUGUACUCUUGCGUGGGCUUCUGUGCCACCAUGCCACGAAGUUUACUCGGGGACAAUAGUAACAAUAAUCGAGCGAGCGAGACUGAGUUCGUCGGGAAAUACGCAGAGGCUGAAAGUGGCCGACCGGACCCGGUGAUGUCCAAACUGCUGUCCAGAGCACAGAGCUCGUGGACGGACUUAGAGUCAGAUUAUGAUGAACCUACUUUUAGAAGGGCUCCCAGAGGCUUCUCUAAAAAUGACGUUGAAGUGGACCGAGCGGACGACUGGGAGGACGGGCAGGGAGGAGAGCCGAGAGUCUCUCCGCUGUCAAGUUUCUCCAGCGGCUCGGGCAGCAAGAAGCUGCCGCAGGCGAUCAUCAUCGGCGUGAAGAAGGGCGGUACGCGCGCGCUGCUGGAGUUUCUGCGCGUGCAUCCCGACAUCCGCGCUGUCGGAGCGGAGCCGCACUUCUUUGACCGCAACUAUGACAACGGACUGGACUGGUACAGGGAACUGAUGCCGAAGACCCUAGAGGGCCAGAUCACCAUGGAGAAAACCCCAAGCUACUUUGUGACGCGUGAGGCUCCGGCCCGGAUCUACGCCUUGUCCCGUGACACCAAGCUGAUCGUGGUGGUCCGGGACCCUGUCACACGAGCCAUCUCCGACUACACACAGACAUUGUCCAAGAAGCCUGACAUUCCCACCUUUGAGAGCCUGACGUUCAAAAACAGGACUACAGGGUUGAUCGACACCUCGUGGAGCGCCAUUCAGAUCGGCAUCUACGCCAAGCACCUGGACAACUGGCUGCAGUAUUUCCCAAUGGGACAGAUUUUGUUUGUCAGCGGAGAGCGUCUGAUCACCGACCCGGCCGGAGAGUUGGGCCGCGUGCAGGACUUCCUGGGCCUGAAACGAAUCAUCACAGACAAACACUUUUACUUCAAUCAGACAAAGGGCUUCCCUUGUCUUAAGAAGGCCGAGGGCAGCAGCAAACCCCAUUGCCUGGGCAAAACCAAAGGGCGGACCCACCCAAACAUUGACCCUGAGGUGGUGCAGAGACUUAGAGACUUCUACAGACCUUUUAACAUGAAGUUCUACCAGAUGACGGGGCAUAAUUUUGGUUGGGAUUAACGCUGAGGGGAGGACACAUUAUAAUUUUUCAUUUAUUUUCUGUGUAUUUUAAAUGGCAUUGAGAUGAUUGCUAUAUAUAUGUAAAAUGUACAGAAAUCUAUUUUAUAAUAAUUUAUUUUUAAUUUCUAAGCAAUUAAUUCACUAAGCUGCCUAACCAUAUUGUACACAACAUCUAGCCCUCAAGUGUCACGACCAACAUUUCACACUUUGUUUUUUUCCAUACACAAUAUGGAAUAAUGGUGCUUCCAAAUUUACCAUGACUGAACUCAAACGGUUUGACAACAAAAAACUGUUUGUUACGGGUAUAGUGCAUCUACAAACCAAUAGCAAGAGCCAUUUGUGAUUCAUUCAAUUCUGAACAUCCACCGAAAUGUACCAGAAUGGCAUAGACUGUAUUUCACUUUAAAGAGUGUUCUCUUGACUGCAUUUCACGUUUCAUUACACUCCAUAUUGGCAUGCGUCCUACUAUGUUAAGCAGGAAAGCUGAUCUAAUGUCCGUCUUCAUUCAAUAACAUAAGAAUCAAUAUCUCUAAUUGCUACCUACAGUAUCACUCAUGUUUAGAGUUGACCGCUGGUCCCUGUAAUGAAUGGCCAAUCCAUUGAUGGCUAAAUAGUAUCUCGGACAACAGCGGGGCUGCAUGUCGACAUUAUGCUAAUCGUGUAACUCGUCUGAAUGGAUCGAUAAGGUUUCUCCAGCUUUAUGGCCCUCUUAGAGGAAGACCUGUCUUGGGCUACAGCCCUAUCUGAAAGGUUCAAAGGUCAAGUAAAGUCUCAAUAACAUUUCAAUGAAUGGAAUUGAAUUGGUCGAAAUGCUGUUUGUAGGAAACGAAUGACAUAAGCCUCACAGAGAGCAGAUAGGCUUCAUCCUUUUCUUAUCUUUAUGUAGAAGAUUGUCAAAAGCUUUGUGAGUUCAUGCCAUCCAUACUAGAAAAGAAAACCCAUAAUGUUGAGGGCCAUUUCUCUUCAUCCCAUCAAAACACAUUUUUCACCCGAUAUCGUUUCUCUGCUUCCUGCCAAAUUUUAACAAGCUUACGAACUCGCAUAAAGACACCUCAUUGUUUUAUUUUCUUGGAUUCAUGUUGCCUCUGUGUGCUUCUGUUUGUCUUUCUACUUGAAUUUUUGUGAUGCAAAAGUGAGAAACAGUCAGCCGUUCUUUAACUGCGAUAUUCAACCCCAUGACCGCAUAGAUGGCGGCUGUGUCAAGGCAAGAUAAAUGAUUGGUCUUAAUGCAGCUCUAGUUACUGUUCUCUCAAAGCACCUGAUCCUGGAUCAGCUCUCAUUACCUCAGCAUUGGGUUAAGGUGUAGGGUUUUAAGGAGGGGUCGUGUCACUUUCUACAACUUAGCUUUAACAUUGGGCUGAGAGAUACUGAUCUUACACCAGGCAAAAAUUUGAGGGAGAGGUUUUAAAGCAGAUUAUUGCAGGACCAUUACGAAUGUACCUAAACUUCAUGUAAUCUCACCCUUAUUUAAUAUUGUGGAAAUGAAAUGCAGAGGGAAAAGUUUGUCUAUUUGUUUGGUUUUGGAUGAAUGCAAAUGAAAAUACAAAAAGAAAAGCGGCCUGAAUUGGCUCAAUGAUUUUUGUUUGGUUUUAGAACAUGCUGUGCCUCGAACCAGCCCUGUGCUUUGUUAAGCCAACUUCCUUUCAUUUUGAGAGGAGAUUGUAAUAUUUAUCAGCUGUGGACACAGCCAUACAAAUCUUGUUGGCCCUUCAAGACUGAACUAAGUUGGGAAGCGGGGGGACAUGUCCCAGGGCAUUUUUCCUACUUUAUCCAAUUUAUCAAGUAAUCAAAUGUUCCGGGGAGGCCAAAAAAGAACAAUGCGAAGUUUAUCCUCCAACUAAAUAAAAAAUAAAAUCAUCAAAGGUUUUUGCAUUCGCAUUGCAUUUAAAAGCAAAUUCGAUCGAUGGUGGCAGUGAAAUGAGGUCUAGCGAGUUUUCAUCAAAUGUUAGUCCUUAGGGCCUCCUGCAAUUUUAUGUGUGCAAUUGGGUUUUACAUUUUGUUUCACAGAAUCAUCAAGUCAAAGAGGAGCUUAUUGUUCAGGUAUUUUCUGAGUAAUAUACGUCUCUCACUGAUUACAUGUGAACUGCAUAUGAAUUCUGAUCUCUCAAACUUUGGUACGAGCAAAGUUUCAUACCUUUGCUAAUGGUCAGGCAGUCUAUGAUGCAUUUGUUUAAUGGUUGAGUUUUAUUCAACCUUAUAAAACAUUGAAAUUUAAGAAAUGUUUGUCUUGAGUUUAACACAACAUAUAGACUAGAAAUGAUCUUUAUGUACAAAUGAUGAGGAAGACAUGUAAACCAAGUAUUUUGUGGUAUCAAAAAUAAUUAAUUUUACACCAUGAAAGAUCAAAAUGCAACAGAUGUUUCUAGAUAAUUAAAUACUGAACAUUCAUACUUUUGCUUUGUAUGAAGACAAAAUAAAAUAUAUAUUUUACCAAA